GGAUAGUUUGCGCUAGAUCGUCGCACAAUAUCCACUGACAAUAACCGUGCGCACCUCCCUCUCUCUCGCCAUAUAAUUUACGAAUCUACACAGACUGGUUGCAAUUGCUACGACUAUGCGCACAAUCAUGUCUAGUGUUUGCUUGAUGAAACCAUCUCUUCCUAGUGCAAGUAAGUAAUCUCUGCAAAAACUCAGGUGAGUUUACUUCUCUUAAAGAUCAAUCAUCAUAAAAUAAUAAAAAUGCAUGAAAGAUUUGCUCUUGAUGUUCCAGAAGAAAUAUGGGAACAAAUCAUUUCACUCCUAGAUCACGAUCUUUACUUAGAACCAUUAUCACUCGUUUCAAAAACCUUUCUUUCAAUCACAAAUCGAUUUAAACAAACCCUAAUAAUCUCAGACCCAACUUCUCAUUCUCUCCCCAAACUUUUCCAUCGAUUUCCAAACCUUAAACACAUUUCUCUUUCUGAUUUUCAUGGUGAACCCACUUCAAUUCUUCAACUAAUCUCUCAUACCCAUUUCUCACUUGAGUCUCUUGACCUCUCAAAUCACACUCAAUUCCCUUCUAAUGCGAUUCAAGAACUACCCAUUUCAUCUAUGAGUUCAAUUAAAUCUCUAAAGUUGCGUAAUCUUUCGUUACUUAAUGAUCUUGAUUUGGGUGUUAUUUGUCAGUUAAUGACUAAUUUAGAGGAAUUAGAUGUUAGUGAUCCUAAGGAUGAUUAUGAUUUAAGUGGUGAUGUGGAAAUUAUUGGUGGGGGUUUGGGAAUUACUGAUGAUGGGGUUGAUUUGGUUGCUUCUAGUUUGAGUAAGUUGAGAAAGAUUAAUUUAUCUGGGAAUUACUUCGUUUCGGAUAAGUCUGUUGUUAGUCUUUCGGAGAAAUGCUCGAAUUUGGAGGAGAUUGUAGUGAAUAAUUGCACCUUUGUGACUCAAACUGGGGUGGGUUUUGCUUUUCAAAAUUGUUUGAAUUUGAAAUCAGUGGCUGUUCUAGGGAUGGAUUUGGUUGUUCCUGAGAUUAGUCCUGCACUUGCAUGUGCUCGAAAUUUAGCUGCACUCGAUUUUUCGUAUAUGAGUGUUUCGGAUGGAUUGCUCUAUGCUAUUGUGAAAGCUUCCAUCCCUUUGAGGAGGUUUACUUUGUACCAUUGCAAGGAUUUCACCUUUCCUGGGGUUUUGUCCCUCGUGCGUAGUUACCAGUCGCUUGAAUACUUGGCUUUGGAAGGGGUUUACUGGAUCACUGAUCGUACCAUCAUUGACAUAUCGAAAUUUCUUCGUAAUGCGACUACUGUUAAGCUUAAUUUCUGCUCAAGGCUGACUAGUUCUGGGUUUUUUACCAUGCUCAAGAAUUGCCUGUCAUUGAACAGUCUGGAAAUGGAGAAAACAGACAUGGGAAAACAAGAAUUUGCUGUGAGUAAUGCCAACAACCCACAGAUUCGAGCUCUUAGUUUGGGUUCUAACAAGGCUUUGAGCAAUGAAUGUCUCGAAAAAAUUGCAUUCUCUUGCCCAAAUCUUGAAAUUUUGGACGUGAGUGAUUGUCCAAGUAUUACGCGGAAAGGCAUUGGUGAAAUUGUGCGGAACUGCACUGGUUUGAAGCAAUUACAGAUGAGUGGAUGUGGAGCAAUUAAAAGUCUUGGCAUUGAUGCAAAACUUCAUAAAUUACAGGUUCUACGAGCAGCGGGUUCAGGGCUUAAUGAUGAUGGGAUCAUAGUGAUUGCCAAGAAGUGUCCUGCUCUCUUGUAUUUGGAUGUCAUGGGUUGCUCUGGAGUUACCUCCAAAGGAGCUAGAGAGGUGGUCUGUCAUUGUCAAAGGUUGAAGGAAAUAAACUUGAACUGGUGUCGAGGUAUGGCUCCUGACAUUGUUGCUUGGAUGGUGUUUUCAAGGCCUUCACUAAAGAAAAUAGUUCCCCCAGUUGGAUUUGUUUUAACUGAAUAUGAGAAGGAUUUAUUCUUGCGCCACGGAUGUCUGGUAUGUGAAGGCUAAGUCUAUGAAGUCCUUUAAGCUGUACUUUCUUUUUCCAAAAAUAGAAUGUGCAAUCUAUAAUAUUCUGGUUACUGUUUGUAAUUAUUUCAUCUAAAAGAAUAUAUUUGUGGAGACGUAUAUUUGAAGGCUUUACUAUUUGUAAUUGCUUGUUUUUUAUUGGAUGACGAGGUGAGUUGCUCAA